UACAAAGAGGCGGUCGUGUCUAAGCCCAGCGGAAAUAUUUAAAAAUAAAAAGGAAAUAUAUCUAGUGAGCAGAACAUAGUAUAGGCGACAGUUUUGAGUUUUUGAAAUCUAAUGGAGAUAAAAGAAGAUAAAAUGAAUAUUGAUUGCAGUGAUUCGUCUUUGUAUGGCUUGCCCACAGAAGCACACAGUCCAAAAUACCUGGAAGCAUACUGUAAAUCGGUGCAAAACCCCAUUGCCUUCUGGCAGGAGUUAGGUCAUCUGUUGGACUGGGACAGGCCCUGGGAUCAGGUGCUGGACAACAGUAAUUCGCCAUUUACCAAGUGGUAUGUGGGCGGCUAUUUGAAUGCCUGCUACAAUGCCAUCGAUCGGCAUAUUCUGGCCGGCAGGGGCGACAAGGUGGCCUUGAUCCACGAUAGUCCACUGACUAAUGUGGUGCGCAAGGUCACGUAUCAGGAACUGUACGAGCAGGUACUGCAACUGGCCGGCGGACUUGCCAAAAUGGGCGUGACCAAGGGUGAUCGUGUGGUCAUCUAUAUGCCGCUCAUACCCGAAACCAUUAUUGCAAUGCUGGCUAUUGUGCGACUUGGUGCUGUGCAUUCCGUAGUCUUUGGUGGAUUUGCUGCCCGUGAGCUUUGCUCGCGUAUUGAGCACGUGGAGCCAAAGCUGGUCAUCGCCGCCAAUGCGGGCGUGGAACCUGGCAGAGUGGUGCCGUAUCUCGAUAUUCUCCACUCGGCCAUCAAUAUGUCACGCUGGAAGCCGCCGCAACGGAACAUCAUAUUUAUGCGCGAGCAGGUUGUAUUGGAUAAACUCGACGAUAAUGCGGAUAUACUGUGGGAUGCGGUAUUGGCCAUGAGCGAUCCCAAUGAGCCAGUGGCCUGUGUGCCCAUUGAAGCCAACGAUCCUCUUUAUAUACUCUAUACGUCGGGCACCACGGACAAGCCGAAGGGUGUACUGCGUACUAUUGGCGGCCAUCUGGUUGCCUUGAUGUACACCUUGAAGAUGAUCUAUGGCAUUCAGCCAGGCGAUACUUGGUGGGCUGCCUCUGACAUGGGCUGGGUGGUGGGACACUCGUACAUCUGCUAUGGUCCACUUUGUCUAGGCGCCACCAGCGUCAUGUAUGAAGGUAAACCGGAUCGCACUCCCGAUCCUGGACAAUACUUCAGGAUUAUUGACCAACACAAGGUGUGCUCGAUCUUCUCGGUGCCGACUUCGUUCCGUGUGAUACGCCGUGCUGAUCCCGAAAUUAAGUAUGGCAAGCAAUAUAGUCUGAAAUCCUUGCGUGCCAUUUUCAUUGCCGGCGAACACUGUGACUACGAGACUAAGGCUUGGAUUCAUAAGACCUUCAAGGUGCCAGUGCUCAAUCAUUGGUGGCAGACGGAAACUGGUUCGGCCAUAACGGCCACCUGUUUGGGCUUUCAGCAGAAUCUCAACCCGCCAAUGUACUCCACGGGUUUGCCUCUAGUGGGCUACGAUGUUAAAAUUCUCAAGAAGGAUGGCAGUGAGGCGGCGCCGACGGAGCUGGGACGCAUUGUCCUGAAGCUGCCAUUGCCGCCGGGCAACAUGGCAUCGCUCUACAGAAAUGAUGAACUCUAUCGCAAGUUAUAUUUCCAAAAGUUUCCGGGUUACUACGACACCAUGGAUGCAGGUUACAAGGACGAACGAGGCUACAUAUUUGUGACAGCUCGCGAUGACGAUGUCAUUAAUGUGGCCGGCCAUCGCUUGUCCACUUCUAGCCUGGAAGAUGCAGUGCUUCGUCAUCCCGAUGUCGUGGAUGUAGCCGUCUUUGGUGUGCCAGAGGCAACCAAGGGCCAGGUGCCGCUAUGUCUGUACAUUCCCGUCGACAACUGCAAGAAAACGGAUGCCAAGCUCUCCACAGAGAUUAUCACCCUCAUACGCGAAGUCGUUGGUCCCAUUGCCGCCUUCCGUCUGAUCACCUCCGUCAACAAUUUGCCAAGAACUCGCUCCGGGAAAACAAUGCGCAAGGCCAUGGCGGACUUUGCCCGUAAUGAGCGUGUUGUGCUGCCGGCGACCAUCGACGACGCCAGCGUCUUUGUGGAAAUUCGUCGGGCACUGCAGCACCUGGGCUAUGCGAUGACGGCACCGGAUCCCAUAGUUGCUAAGCUUUUGGACUGAGGCCGAGUCUUUAGUUUUUAGUUUUUUACUUGGUGUCGCAUACAAUUUACUUAGUUUUACAUUUGCUAUCACAACACACAGAAAAAAAUAAAUAAAU